AUGUCAGUUUCCUCGUCUCAUCACCAUCCUCCUUCCUGCGUGACGUGCAGCCUCCUCGCGGCAUGCAGGCGAGCCCUCACGCAGCUCUUCCGCAUCCCGGCCUCCACCGCGCUCCCCAUCAGGGCCUUCCGCUUCCGCAAACUCCGGAAGGCCGCUGCCAGGAUGAGCUCACAGCCCCGCCGCCGCCGCCAGACGUUCCGGUCCAUCCGAGCGGUAUUCUGGCCUCUCGUCCCGCCGCCGGCCUCUGCAGCCGAGGGAGAUGCUGAGCGCGGGGCAGUGCUGGAGGCGCCGGCGCCGGAGAUGUCGCUUCACGCGCCGAUGCCGUCGCCAGAGACGCCGGCGUACGUGAAGGUGGUGGCGCGGCUGCAGUCGGGGCGGAGCGCUAGCGGAGACGGGGAGGAGGAGGAGGCGUGCCGGAGCUUCGAGAGCUGCCUGAUGGAAAUGCUGGUUGAGGAGGGGAAGGCGAGGGACCUGCAAGACGUGGAGGAGCUCCUGCGGUGUUGGGAGCGGCUCAAGUCGCCGGUGUUCGUCGAGCUGGUAUGCAGGUUCUACGGCGAGCUGUGUAAUGACAUGUUCCCAGCGGUCAGGGGUGACGACGGCACGGACAGGGACGGUGGCGACGCCUCCGUGCCCACGUCCACUGCUUAA